CUUUUCUUUCAGUUAUUUAAACUAAAUAUCACAUUUUCUAUUUAAAUCAUGGGAAUUUUUUGGGAUUCAGUACCUUCAGAAUAUUGUGAUAGUGGCCUAAAGCACAUGAAUCUGGGCCAAUAUGACUGUGCAAUUAAGAAAUUUACACAGGGUGCUUACCAAAAUCAUGCAGAAUCUCAGUUUAACUUGGCCAAGAUUUAUAAAUUCGGUUUUGGUCUUGAGUGUGAUCAAGAGAUUGCAAUGUAUUGGUUUAAAGAAUCUCUCAAAAAUGGGUAUUUGGAAGCUGGUUUCUUCAUUGGAUGUACAUAUUACCAUGGAAAUAAGACGAUCGGAAAGAGUUACAAGGAGGCCUAUCUUUAUUUGAAAUCCGUAGGCGGUCCGUGGGGAGCCUUUGCCAGUGACUUUAUUGGUACCAUGUUUUUUGAAGGCGGUUAUGGUAUAGAGAAGGAUUACAGUCGAGCCUUGGCUUGGUUUGAAAAAUACAGUCGUGCACUCGUCGAAAAACACUUUUAUACAAUUGGUGUCAUGUAUGCAGAAGGUGGGUUUGGCUUGCAGAAAGAUUUCAAAGCCUCUGCAACUUGGUUUAAGCGUAUAAAUUCAUUGGUGGAUUACCAGUCCGGUGUUCUAGGCUCCCUUUAUUUUAUUGGCGGAUAUGGUCUUGAAAGGGAUUACCAUGCUGCUUUGAGGUAUUGGUCAAAAAACAUUGAAUCCAAUGGGUUAGAAAAUAAUUUGGGUAUAUUAUAUACUCUCCGUGACGAUGACGAGCACGAUUUUAUAAAGGCCAUGUCAUGGUUUGAAAAGACAGAUUCAUAUUUUUUGGCAGCGGGUAUUUUCUAUGAAAAAGGACUAGGAGUUGAUAAAAACGAUGUCAAAGCUAUGAGAUUUUAUGAACAAGCUCCUAACAAACAAAAACAAUAUGCUCUUGUGAGAAUGGGCUUGCUUCAUCAGAAAGGUCUUGGGACACCACAAGAUUUUCAAAAAGCAUUUGAAUGCUAUGAAACCGCUCUAGAAAUGGAAGGUAAUGAUGCAGACCUCGGUGAUGCUAUGGCAUGCUUGGGAGUAUUAUACCAAUAUGGUUUUGGAGUAACAAAAUCCCAAUCCAAAGCAAUAGAAUAUUUUCAAAAGGCAGUGGACCUUAAAAGUCUUUAUGGCUAUAAUUGUAUGGGCGAUGCUUAUAAAUAUGGAUGCGGUGUAGAUAUAGACCACAAAAAGGCAUUUCAGUGGUACGAAAAGUGUGUUAAUUGCUAUGAUAAUACAGUGCGCUUUUGGGAGAAGGAUUUUAAGCUUCCGCUACGUUUUUGCGAUGAAGGAUGGCUCAAUAUUGGCAUCAUGUAUUUUCAUGGACUAGGUACACAUAUUGAUAAAGAAGUGGCUUGGGCGUACCUGAAAAAAGCUUCAAAAUUUGGGAACGACGCAGCUCAAAACUACAUCGAUCAAAUCGACAAUGAUCCAUUUGUGAAUACCACAACUAUUCAAGCUUCUAACAUAUUGAUUCAUGCGCAGAAUUCAGAAGUACAAAAAGCAAAUUCACCGGACAAUUUUUCAGAAGUUCAUACAUUUUCUCACACGGAUGACGUUGAUGCAGCUAUUUCACGAAGGCAGGGGACAAUUGACAGGAUGAUUUCACUUGCAGAAAUGAAAUUCGACCGCAACUCGCCUUAUCAAAUUUGUAUUCUGAGACCAAGAAAACGUUGGUUCUGACAUUUUUGCGCCGCUUUUUCUCUCCAUGUUCAAUCUUUUAUUAACAUUGAUUGGUUAGCUUUAUUUCACUGAUUUAUUUUCGACUCUUUCAUCAUAAAAGGAACCUUUAAAAUACUUUUACUUGAAUAUGAAAUAAAGUACAAAUCGC